CGGUGGGAUGAAAGGGAAAAGGAGCUUAAUUAGGGCACGAGGAGGAGCAGGCGGGGGGCGGGGGAGAUCGCAGGCUGCAGCUGUUAGGGUAUCUUCCUCUCUCGCGCUCUAGCGAAGGGUAGAUCAGGAAAGAGACGAGAUUGUUCAGCCCCGGCAAAGUGAGCUAAAAGAGCAAGCCACGAGCCCCUCUCCAGAGAUGGAAUGGAAGUUCGAAAGAUCUGCCUGCCGCAAGGUCAAGACGGAGGAAGAGGUCUUGUGGGGGAAAAUAAUGAAAGCUCUUGGGACAGACCUGAGGCAGAAAAGAAAACAAAGUUUACAAGUGCUGACCAAGGUCUGCCCUGACAUGAAGCUGCUUGGUAGACAAACUUCACAUGUGGAGCAUCAAGAGUUUCAGACGCCAGGAAAGACCUCAUACUCACAGUUUAAAAGUUGCAUUGCGAAGAAACUGGCAUCUCAGAUUCCUGUUGCUAGUAGCCCAAUUGCCACAAGAGGGCGGCAGGUGUGCACCAGAAAUGACGUGGAGCAAACUUUCCCAGAACACAGUCCAAGGGAAUUCUCUACUUUAGAGGACAGAUCUGAUUUUACAGAGUCAUUGGGGAAGAUUACAGCAAUUCCAGUGUCUUCUAAGAGGCUUUUUGAAGCCACUGUCAGUGAACACAUUGUUUUUACUAACACCACUCAUUUGAAUGAGGGAAGUAAAAGAAAGAAGCAGAAAUGUCUUCAUCAGAUAGAGAACAGGUAUGGCAUCUCAGAAAAAGAGGGUCUGAGGAUUUGUGAGAAACCCAACUGCCUUUGGAAAGGAUGCAAGGAUGGAACCAAGAGGGAGCAUGAUGCUUGUAGCAUUUCAACUGGCACAGAAAAAUUUCCACCCCUAGAGCCAGAAACGAAAUUUCACACCAGUGGUUUACGUAAUGACUACUAUCUAAACCUAUUGGAUUGGAGCCAGGAGAAUCUUCUCGCACUUGCACUUGGAUCUGUUGUGUACAUUUGGAGCGGAGAAACCAACCAGAAUUUCAAAAACAUAGACUUAUGUUCCAAUUCCAAUUAUAUUGCCUCCUUAGCAUGGAUGAGAGAAAAUCCUUGGCUUGCUUUUGCAACCAGUGAUGGAGAAGUGCAACUGUGGGACAUUGAAACCCAAAAGAGGCUGAGAAAUAUGUUUGGUCACUUGUCUGUAGUCGGCACCUUGAGUUGGAAUGGACAUAUACUUAGCAGUGGUUCACGGCUAGGCUAUAUUCAUCAUCAUGAUGUUCGGACAGCUCAGCAUCAUAUUGGAAUGGUUCGGCAAAGCAAGAAGAGUGUUUGUAGUUUGCAGUGGUCCCCAGACCACAAACUCCUGGCAAGUGGUUCUAGUGAUGGUCUGCUGAAUAUUUGGCCCAACGAUCCAGGUGUGACAGGACAGUAUAGGCCACUGACCUCUAUAUCUCAUUCUUCAGCUGUGAAGGCAAUGAAGUGGUGCCCAUGGCAAUCUUCUGUAAUAGCCACAGGAGGUGGAAUAAAGGACAGGAUGUUGCACGUCUGGAAUAUAAGCAACUUGAAAAGCCUUGAAACAGCAGAUACAAAAUCUCAGAUAUGUUCCCUGCUCUGGUUACCCAACACUAAAGAAUUAAUCACUGGGGAAGGCUAUCCUUGGAAUAAGAUGAAUGUCUGGAGAUAUCCCGCACUUUCAAACUCGGCAGAGCUCUGUGAUCAUAAAGGAAGAGUUUUGCAUACGGCACUGAGUCCUGAAGGAAACAGGGUCUUUUCUGCUGCCGCUGAUGAGACAGCCUAUGUCUGGAAGUACCGAAAGAUGAAAUCAAACACAAUGUGCUUUCAAGAAGAUGAUUGUUCCAAUUAAUCAGGAUAUGUUCCUCACUAUUUACUCUUAAUUCAAGUUCAGGAGCAGUCAGGUUUGAAAACCUCAAUUUUUCAAAUUUCCCCUUAGCUUUGAAGCAUUAGUUUUACUUUAUUUUGUAUUUUUGCUUGAUCUACCUCACAGAGAUGUUGUGAGACUGAUAUGCCUCUUAAGGUUCAAGUAAUAAUGACAAUUUUGUACUAACAGAAAAAUGUUUCAUGCUUGUAGGUAGCCAGGAAAGAUUUUUUAAAAAAUCAAUAAACAUUUUCUUUUUAGUUAGUGAAAUUUAGAUUUGGUCCCAAAACUUGAAUUGCUUUCAAUUUCAGUAAAAUUAGGGUUUCACUUCCAAUCCUCAAACGAUACUCUGAAUUACAUACUAGCUAGCACCAUAAAUGACAUAAGGGCUUGUGCAUGUGAAAUAAAGAUAUGAUUUUCUUUUUAGA